AUGAUACUAAGAGACGGGACGAACAAGUCGUGCGCCUGGUGGUGGUCGACACGCUUGUCCACUGUAGUUGCAGCGCUAUGCCAAGUCACCCUGAGACACAAGUUUUUUCACCAGCACCCUUACCCUUCAAAACUGGAACGCAGUAAUUCUCACAUUACUGCUUGGCGGCAGAAAUAGUUAAGGUGUUAGUACUUCCUUGGACAAACUGUUUCAGAAGCAGCUCUUCUGCUACUGGAUUCUACGUAAAUCCGGCCGGGGAUUAACCCCGAGCUGGCGAGGCCAUGAAAACUGGUAUGCAAUCCACUCGACCCCGGAGGUCAAUACUUGAAUUAUUUAAGUUUGUAUUUCUUCUAAUUUGACUUAGUUAUAGGUAGCGUUGCCACACGUUCGGAUAAAGUCGGACAUAGUUAGGCUUUGUGUCGGACCAAAUUGGACGAUGACCGGCUCGUCUGUACUUCCUUUUACGAACACUGGAUGCGUAAUUCAGUCGCGUAAUUUCUGCUAGACUUUGGAAAUUAUAUUGUUUGCAAUGUUUUAACCUACUGUUAAUUUUAACCUGUGUAUCCCCACUUAACAAACCUUGCACUAAAGUGAAAGUCUAUACGUCCGGUCAACAUAUGGUUUAGUCUUGGUCAGUUUACCGCCAAAGCAACGCCGCCAUUUUUGUUUCUACGUUUUUUUUAAUAAAAAACCAGUGCUUGUUAUCAAACAGCCCAUUUAAAAUAAUGUGUUUUUUCUUAAAUAUUUGAUGUUCUGUGUUUUUUAAUUUUAUUUUAAAAAUGAAAGUGUUUUGUGUGUUAUUCGGCCUAGUUUCAUUAGGGUCAUGUGGUAUCAUCAUUCCGGAGGAGUUGCCAUCACUUCUUUCAGUCGCCUACUCUAAUAUACCACCCAUCAAAAAAGGCACGGAUUCCCGUGUGGGUUUCGGCUUCGCGUUCGGCAACCACGCUGAUCUCCAAGUCAUGUUCGAGCUGGGGCCACAGACGAAUACCCAGAAUCUUACUGGACAAGGCUUCCAGAGCGGUAGCAAUAAAAGACAAGCGCCUGCAUCGCCGCCGAAGAAAAUCAACAAGAAUAGAGAAAAGUACCUUCAAUCUGAUGCCGGCAAAUACCUACAAUCAUGGGCAACUAAGAUGAGGAAGCCUCCGACCAUUACCCGACCACCAGGGGAAGUACCCAACCUGGAAGACUCCGUGGUCGAGCUGGUGAAGAACAAGAAUGGAGAGUAUGAGAUUCACCAACCCGCAUCUCCGCAUAUGAGUCAGGCUAUUAUGGAUAGUUUGAAGACGUUAUACGGACAAAAGAAAGAAGAAGCGAAGAGUUUAAUGGAGAAGAAGAAAGAAAAUAAGAAAGAAAGAUCGCCAGAGGAAGUUAGAAGGAUCACAGCUGAUUUAUCUAACGUUGAUUUGGAUUAAAUUAUAUAUUUACAAUUCUAAUGGUUGACCGCCAUUUGUUAGCAUGCUUCCAGUAUCGUGAGCAUAUCAAUCGUGUGCUGUUGAAAUGAUGAUACUAUUUUGAACCGACUUUAAAAACAGGAGGAGGUUCUUCAUUCGACUGUGUUUUUUGUAACUCUGGCAUGGUUACCUAUCAGUACUCCGAAAUCACAUUGUCCAGAAAUAACGUCUGCUCGAAUUUUCAUAACCUCAAGAGUAAUUUUGCGAGGAAAAUGUUUUUUCUUUUAUACCUGACUUUUUUUUUGUUAAUCCGGGGGAAUCUGCUUACAGACACCCCGACCCCG